CUCUCACUCGUCUUCCGCUCUCAACUUCGCUCCGAAGACUAGUUGUACCUUCAGCUCGUCGCUAUACGUCCUCAUUAAGAACAUUUACAACAACGUCUAGAAGCUCCAAGAUACCAGUUUCAAGUUUGAAGACUAGUACUUCGCCUCAGAGAAGGCUCGAUCAGAUCUAUAGAACUCUUUCAACAUCUACAUCGUCCAAUAUGCCGCCCAUUUACGAUAAACCCACUACCGAUAGGUAUGACUAUGUUGUUAUUGGUGGUGGAAGCGGUGGUUCUGGGACCUCGCGUCGAGCGGCUUCUUACGGAAAGAAGGUCGCCGUCGUAGAGGCGACGCCUUACCUCGGUGGUACCUGUGUCAACGUUGGAUGUGUACCCAAGAAGCUGAUGUGGAAUGCUGCUGACCUCCAAGACCGUUUCCGCCACCACGCCCCAGGCUACAAGUUUGAGAACAUCGGCGAACCCACCUUCAACUGGGGUGAGUUCAAGACCCAACGAGACGCGUACAUUCGCCGCUUGAACGGGAUCUACGCAAACAACUUCCACAAAGAGGGCGUCGAGUUCCAUCAGGGUUUCGGUCGCCUCACCUCGCCCAACUCUGUGGAAGUCACUCGUCCAGACGGAACCAAAUACACCCUCCAAGCCGACCAUAUCACUAUUGCCGUCGGCGGUUCGCCAACAAUCCCCAGCGACGAUGUUAUCCCUGGAGCAUCCCUCGGAAUUGACUCUGACGGCUUCUUCGCGCUUGAAUCGCAACCCAAGCGCGUCGCAGUCAUCGGUGCAGGCUACAUCGCCGUCGAAUUGGCGGGUAUCUUCAACGCCCUCGGUAGCGAGACCCACCUUGUCAUCCGAGGCCAAACAGUCCUGCGAACCUUUGAUCCGACCAUUCAGGAGACUUUGACCCCCUGGAUGGAACAUACUGGUGUGCACAUCCACAAGGGCAGCAACGUAACCCGCAUCGACGGUGCCAAAGGCCAGACCUUGACCGUCACCACCGAUCAGGGCGAGAAGAUCGAGGUAGACACCGUUCUCUGGGCUAUCGGCCGUCACCCAUGCACAAAGGGCCUGGGCUUGGAAGAGGUCGGUGUCAAGACCGAUGAGAAGGGCGAUAUCAUCGUCGAUGAAUACCAGAACACCAACGUCAAGGGCGUUUACUCUAUUGGUGAUGUCUCUGGAAAAUGGCUCUUGACCCCUGUCGCGAUUGCUGCUGGUCGAAGGCUUUCUAACCGGUUGUUCGGACCUGAAAAGUUCAAGAACGACAAGUUGGAGUAUGACAACAUUCCAACGGUUGUCUUCUCGCAUCCACCCAUCGGUACUGUCGGUCUCACAGAGCCUCAAGCCCGUAAAAAAUACGGCGACGAUGCCAUCAAGAUCUACAAGACCUCCUUCAAGUCGCUCUACUUUUCUCAAGUUGAUCAAGAUCUUAAGGAACCUACCGUCUACAAACUUAUUGUCGCUGGGCCAGAGGAGAAAGUAGUCGGCGUUCACAUCAUUGGUCAGGGAAGCGACGAAGCCAUGCAGGGCUUCGGUGUCGCGGUCAAGAUGGGAGCAACCAAAGCCGAUCUGGACAACACGGUUGCUAUUCAUCCAACGUCAGCUGAGGAAUUGGUGACGCUCCGAUAAUGGAGGCCUAAAGUCUGUGGGCAAAACACAAGGACUACUUUCGCUUUGUUCGCUUUGGAUGAAUCGAGGAUAUGACAAUUCGAAUUGAUAGCUUCAACUCCCGGA